AUGAUGAUGACCUUCUAUCAUUUAAGCGAGAGCUCCGACGAAAAUAAAAAACCCUAGGCGGCCAAGAGCAACCGUAAGAGCUAGAGAGUCCUCCUGUUGUAUCUUCUUCGUGGCCGCGUCUCUGUCUCAACAAGAUGAAGUUCAACAUUGCCAACCCAACCACUGGUUGUCAGAAGAAGCUCGAGAUCGACGAUGAUCAAAAACUACGAGCUUUUUAUGACAAAAGGAUCUCACAGGAGGUCAGUGGAGAUGCUCUUGGUGAGGAAUUCAAGGGCUAUAUCUUCAAGAUAAAGGGAGGUUGUGACAAACAAGGAUUUCCUAUGAAGCAGGGAGUUUUGACCCCAGGCCGUGUUAGUCUUUUGUUGCAUAGAGGCACCCCUUGCUUCCGAGGUUAUGGAAGGAGAAAUGGAGAGCGUAGAAGAAAGUCUGUUCGUGGAUGCAUUGUUAGCCAAGAUCUCUCAGUUUUGAACUUGGUUAUCGUGAAGAAGGGUGAAAAUGAUCUCCCUGGACUUACUGAUGUUGAAAAACCAAGAAUGAGAGGUCCUAAGAGGGCAUCAAAGAUUAGGAAGCUUUUUAACCUUUCCAAGGACGAUGAUGUCAGGAAAUAUGUCAACACAUAUCGCCGAACUUUUACUAACAAAGCUGGCAAGAAAGUGAGUAAAGCUCCUAAGAUUCAAAGGCUUGUAACUCCUUUGACACUUCAAAGGAAACGGUCGAGAAUUGCUGAGAAGAAGAAGAGGGUGUCAAAAGCUAAGGCAGAGGCAGCUGAUUACCAAAAACUUCUAGCUUCCAGGCUGAAGGAGCAGAGAGAAAAACGAAGUGAGAGCAUGGCAAAGAAAAGGUCCAGACUUUCUACAGCAUCUAAACCCUCUGUCAUAGCUUAAAAAGCCUACCAUGGCGCUUCUGCCAUUCGAUAAAAACUUUCUCUGCAUUUUAAAUCAUUAUGAGAUUAUCUGGAUUAGAUUUUAUCAUUUGAGUUACUUUGUUGAACAUCCAUUAACUUGAAUUUAUUAUUUUUAUCCA